GGGCGUCUGGAUUGGUGGCUCUGGGACCCGGAAGCAGUCGGCGGCGCUCGGAAACUGCGGCGGGACGCGGGCUUCGGAAGGUCUUGCCUCUAGCAAAAUGGUCGGCGGUGGCGGGAAGCGCAAGCCCGGCCGGGAGGGGCAGCAGUGUGAAAAAGCAGUUGAUGUUAAGAAGAAUAAAUCCUGUGAAGCUAAUAUCACCAGUGACCUUCGAAAAGAAGUAGAAAAUCAUUAUAAGCUUUCUCUGCCUGAAGAUUUCUAUCACUUCUGGAAGUUCUGUGAAGAACUUGACCCAGAAAAGCCAGCUGAUUCCCUUUCCACAAGCCUGGGACUUAGAUUAGUGGGUCCUUACGAUAUCCUUGCCGGAAAACAUAAGAUUAGUAAAAAAUCAGCAAACCUGAAUUUCAACCUUCAUUGGAGAUUUUACUAUGAUCCUCCUGAGUUCCAGACCAUUAUUAUUGGAGAUAAUAAAAAUCAAUACCAUAUGGGAUAUUUCAGAGAUUCUCCUGAUGAACUUCCUGCAUAUGUUGGUACAAAUGAAGCAAAGAAAAAUUGUGUAAUUGUACAAAAUGGAGAUAAUGUGUUUGCUGCAGUCAAAUUAUUUUUGAUGAAAAGGCUUAAAGAAGUCACAGAGAAAAGGAAAAUCAGUCUCUUAAGAAAUUUAGAUGAAAAGCUCACUGAAACAGCCAGAGAACUGGGGUACUCACUGGAACAGAGAACUGUGAAGAUGAAACAGAGGGAUAAAAAAGUUGUAACAAAGACCUUUCAUGGUGCAGGCUUGGUCGUCCCAGUAGAUAAAAAUGAAGUUGGAUACAGAGAACUCCCUGAAACAGAUGCUGAUCUCAAAAAAAUUUGUAAGACAAUUGUUGAGGCACCAAGUGAUGAAGAGAGACUAAAAGCCUUUGCCCCCAUUCAGGAAAUGAUGACUUACGUGCAGUUUGCUAAUGAUGAAUGUGAUUAUGGCAUGGGACUUGAGUUGGGAAUAGACCUCUUUUGUUACGGUUCACAUUAUUUUCACAAAGUUGCUGGCCAGCUUUUGCUUCUUGCUUAUAAUCUGUUGAAGAGGAAUCUCUUUGCAGAAAUUAUUGAAGAUCAUCUGGCAAACAGAAGUAAAGAAAAUAUAGACCAGCUUGCAGCAUGAGUGAGAGUUGGCUUUCUUUGGUGUAUAAUAUUUUAAAACAUUAAUAUUGAACUUAUGAUACUUUGUUUUUAUGGAAUCUCAAAAGUAAGUUGGUGGAAACAUUUACUAGACUUUUUGAGGCUUUUCUGGCCGGUUUUUCCUUUAUGACAGUUAAAUCAAUAAAUGGCAAUCAAAUAA